AGAGAAAGGGGAACGCUAGGAUGGCGGGGACACCUGCGAAAGUUUUUGUCAGGGGGCUACUCAGGUAGGAUAAUAAUAUUGAGCCUGUGAUAUACCUAGUGGGAAUACAAUGUCGCAUGACUGCAACCGACCUACCAGCUGCGUCGAGUGACCCUGAACUCCACUUGUGGUCGUUUCCGAACCGAACCGGGAAUUGGUGUUUCCGAUGGGGGUGUCCAGGGGACUCCUUGUGUGUUAUCCCCAUCAUGCCAUGCCGCUUCUGUUGCCAAGCUAAAGCUUGUGGCAAUGCUUCCACGCUUUACAAGCUGCCCUCGACAUGCAGUUACCUGCGAGUGAUUAGCAGGCAGUACACGGUACAAGAUAAGGCCUACUUACUGCCGUCGGGGCGUUGUCUUGUAUCAUCAUCAAUCGAUAAUGCAAACGAGCUACUACCCAACCCCAAUUAUGAUCUCCGCGAACGGGCAUUACCCACCUAGAAGUCCUCCGCCUAAUGGAUUAUUGCGCAGGUUGACCCAUACACCAAGAUCCUCCGUGGACAGGCACUCGCAAAUUGCAACCUCUGCAGAAGGUAAUGCACUUGCUGAAGCUUCAAAACACACGGAUUUGUGGUUUUGUGAUGGUUCGAUCAUUUUGAGAGCAGAAGACACCUUAUUUCGUGUGCACAAGUCUCAGCUUGCUCGCCACUCGGCGUUCUUCCGCGAUCUCUUCUCAUUGCCACAACCCAGUGCGGAAUCUGCGGAUAGUACAACGUCUUCUUCUCCGACCGUGGUUGUCAACAACAACCCUGCACUACAAAUAGAUACGACCAAUGAAGUAGAAGGGUGUCCUGUUCUACGAUUGCACGACACAUCAGAGGACGUUGAGAAUCUCCUCACGGCACUUUAUGAUGGCCCAAACUUUGGGAAGAAUGACCCUACCGAUUUCCGCAUGGUUUCGGGGAUACUUCGACUUGCGACCAAGUACCUUGUCGAUUCGUUGAGAACCAAAGCUCUUGUUCAUUUAAGCAAGGCUUGGCCGACUUCACUCAAGGGAUGGGAUGCUAGAGAGGACGUCACUCGUGAUGAUGAAAUGCAAAGUGGUCCUGGAAUGUCCAAUAUAUACCCUUCCCCCGCAGACGUUAUUAUUCUCGCACGAGAAGUCAAUGCGUCAAGUCUCCUGCCUUCUGCAUUCUAUGACUUAUCACGAUACCACUAUACCCAACUCUUCGAGCAGGACGACGAGAGUGGCCCUUCUAUUGCACAACUGCCGCUAUCAAAUGCAGACCUGCAAAGGUUAGCUUUGGGGAAAGAGGCAUCGCAACACGCGAUCACAACUCUCAUUCGCUCCAUGGGAUCGCAUUCUCAUCCGCUUCUUUUGGGGCAUCACGCACACUCGCAUCGCUCAUGCAGAAGAGAUUUCUCGGAACUUGUGGCACUGGCCACUCAGCACUAUCUCUUUGAUCGCGAGCGUGGUUGCACUGAUCCUUUGUAUGUUGCGGAGGAGCUUGGGCAGCCAUUUGUAGAAGUAUCCGAGUGCGAGGCGUGCGCGAGAGCGCUGGGGAUUUGGACUACGAGGGAGAGAGAAAGGAUGUGGAAGAUGAUACCGCUUUGGUUCCGACUGGACGUUUAA